AUUGUUUUCGAGCGCGAGGCUCGUUGGUGCCCGCAAGCCGCCGGUCCAGCAGAGCCCACAGUGUACAUGUGCAUGAGCACAGCAGGCCGAUGAUGCUUCCAAGCCCAGUAACGUCAACCCCGUUUUCUGUCAAGGAUAUACUGAAGCUGGAGCAGCAGGCCCAACACCUGCACGGGCCGUGGUCACUACCAGGGCAGCAGCAGCAACAGCAGCAGCAGCAGCAGGCCGACUGGCAGCCGCGCUUUCACAGUCCACCGUCUUGCGCGCUCGGUGGCGCGGACAGCCCGGGCUUCUCGGACAGCGAGGACAGGAUGGCCUUCCUCAACGCGCUCUCCGUGCAGGACGGCCUAGUGGAGAGCAGCCUCUCGCCCCCCAUGUUCGGCCACACCGCUCUGGGACACGUCGUGGACCCCAAGCUGGAGGAGGAUCUGGAAGAGCAUGAAGGCAAGGGCUGCGGCGCCGCGGUGCGCUCCCCGGACUGCGAGGCUGAGGUGUCGGACUCGGAGCGGGCGCAGAGGCCGCGCAGCAGGCGCAAGCCGCGCGUGCUCUUCUCGCAGGCACAGGUCUUCGAGCUGGAGCGCCGCUUCAAGCAGCAGCGCUACCUGUCCGCCCCGGAGCGCGAGCACCUAGCCAGCGCGCUCAAGCUCACCUCCACGCAGGUCAAGAUCUGGUUCCAGAACCGAAGAUACAAGUGCAAGCGGCAGCGGCAGGACAAAACGCUGGAGAUGGCGGGACAUCCUCACCCUCCGCCGCCGAGGCGCGUGGCAGUGCCUGUCCUGGUGCGGGACGGCAAGCCCUGCUUGUCCGGAUCACAGAAUUACAACGCGACCUACGCCGUGGCGCCCAACCCGUACACUUACAACGGCUAUUCGACUUACAAUAACGCCGCGUACACAAACGCCUAUAACUGUACGUACCCGAGCCUACCAGCGCUGCCGGCAAACACUGCGGCCAGUCCGCUAAUGAGCAUGAGCCUCAGCAACCUCGGGACGCACUCCCAGCCCCAGGCAGCCCAAGGGACAGCUGUUUCACCAUGCCAAGGACCUCUGCAGGGCAUCCGCGCCUGGUAGUGCAAUCUUGUAGACCCCCCGAAAUAACUAGCUUCACACCCGUAGCAGCCCCAACGGCAUGAUAUAUGAUUUUUUUAAUUAUGACUAUCAGUAUCACUCUAAGGUUAACAGUAUGGACACUUUACGUUGGAGAAGUUCGUGUAAACAACGCUGCGAUUGUUCAAUGCAUGUAAAUGAAGUUGUUGUGUUUUUUUAUUUUUAUUUUCUUUGCUGAUGGAAUUACUUUGUUGAACGUAAAGUAUUAGUGUUGAAAGCGCUGACAUCUCAUUGCAGAUUUCUGAAAGUCCUGUUUUCUGCGCUGGACCAAAUUUUGAACACAUUCUAGACGCUGUGGCACUCGCAGAGCUACGAACAAAAUGCCUUGACCAGUCGUUACUCUUACAGUGUUAAACUGAAUGGGAAUGUAUUGGUCAUCACAAAGCAGCUUCACAGAACCCAUAACCUCCAGUCUUCCUGUGUGUUAUAUCCACAUUCAGACACGCUUCCUCUUCAGUUUACCACUGAGGCAUUUCAAAUAAAAUUUUAAAAAUGAGAAAAUAAUAAUAUAAUGGAUCAAAAUUAGCGACCUAGGCUUUGCUAACACCGUACGCAGGUCGAGGCCUCAUUAGGGCCUCUAUCUAGGAUCAGUAUGUUAAAACCUUUUAGCCUGUCCCGCUAUCAUAAUGGUCAUCUGAUGCGCAGUUAAGCAGUUUUGCACCCCCCGUAACCCCCUUUCUAGGGGGGAGGGGGGCGUAAUUAAUGAAGCAGCGCCAAACUCCUUACGUAUGAGACUGUGAGUCAGUGUGUAAUGUCUGAUAAACAUGUUGUUCAAAGGAAACAAAGAAACAAGGGAAAAAAACGUAAGUGACAUUUUAUAUGUUUCUUGAUUGUGCAUGAGAGCAGUUAUGAAAUAAAUACGGACAUAAUGAUA